UCAAACGCCAGCGACGCUCUCAGACUGCGUCACCAUCGUUUGUGUCACGUUGUGACCUCUCCGGGUCGCAGGGGUGCACAUGGGCCGUGCACCUGUGUGCGUGCAGGGACGUCUUGUUUAGCGAGACCACAACUUGCUGCAAGCAGGGACUGCCGCCCUUGUUGGUCACACGCGGUGCCACGUGUCAGGUGGAUGUGAACACUUGAUUUAUGUUGAAUUGACGCGCUACUAACGAACCUGGAGAAGAUUGGUGGGAAGUGAUUUUCAGUUUGAUGCUGGAAAUAGCAGGUUUCUUUGCCAAUUUGAGUCGAAGGGACUGGCCAGUGCAUUAGCCAGGAGCCAGUGUAACGUUACCAAUAAUGAAAGCUGCCAUAGGCGUACUUGCUGUGACCCAGAUGCUCCUUAAGUGCUCGUUUCGGUUGACGGAAGUCCUCUCGCCAGUUCCUGUGUACGAGGAAACCCAGGCCUCUCCUUGCAGCCGCUGCAUAUUUCACAUCUGCUGUCGGGUGUGAAAUCCUCAACUUCAGGGGUUCAGGACCGACCUCAUAGUCCCCCGCCCAGGACGAAGUCCUCCCAGUAGUUCCUGCCUUAAUGAACAGCUCCCCCCAGCGCUCAUGAAAACUUGGGCACUUGCGUCUUCCACCUCCUGUGACAAGGACCUGACCACGUCUUGUAACUUUCACCUUCUCCCCAUCACCCGACUCGCCCGUGCACCAAUCCCUUCGGCCUCCCCGCCUCCCAUUAACCCACUGCCCGCCCCUACCCUGCAACCUCCAGGGGGUCAGAGCAGUCCUUCUAGAGGGCAUGUGUCAUCCUGCUGCUGGGGACACUAUCACAGCCACAGGGGCCUUUGGACUCUGGCCACGCCCACCUCUCCAGCUUCGUUUGGCUCUUCAGCAAAAGCCCUUGUCAGUUUAAAAGAGGGAAGCUUAUCUAACACACGGAAUGAAAAGUACAGCUCUUUACAAAAAACACCUGUUUGGAAAGGCAGGAACACGGGGUCUACUGUGGAAAUGCCUUUCAGAAACUCAAAGCGAAGUCGACUCUUUUCUGAUGAAGACGACAGACAAAUAAAUACCAGGUCCCCUAAAAGAAACCAGAGAGUGGCGAUGGUCCCGCAGAAAUUUACAGCAACAAUGUCAACACCAGAUAAGAAAGCCUCACAGAAGAUUGGUUUUCGAUUACGUAACCUACUCAAGCUUCCCAAAGCACAUAAAUGGUGCAUAUAUGAAUGGUUCUACUCAAAUAUAGAUAAACCACUUUUUGAAGGCGAUAAUGACUUCUGUGUAUGUCUGAAGGAAUCUUUUCCCAAUCUAAAAACAAGAAAGUUAACAAGAGUAGAAUGGGGAAAAAUCAGGCGGCUUAUGGGAAAACCACGGAGAUGUUCUUCUGCAUUUUUUGAGGAAGAGAGAUCAGCAUUAAAACAGAAACGGCAGAAAAUAAGACUCUUACAACAAAGGAAAGUUGCAGACGUUUCCCAGUUCAAAGAUCUCCCAGACGAAAUCCCUUUGCCCCUGGUUAUCGGAACCAAAGUUACAGCACGAUUACGUGGUGUUCAUGAUGGUCUCUUCACUGGACAAAUAGAUGCCGUGGAUACUUUUAAUGCCACUUAUCGAGUCACUUUUGAUAGGGCAGGGCUCGGGACCCACACCGUCCCGGACUACGAAGUCCUGAGUAAUGAGCCCCACGAGACGAUGCCAAUUGCUGCCUUUGGACAAAAACAGCGGCCUUCUCGGUUUUUUAUGACGCCACCACGGUUACAUUAUACUCCUCCUCUCCAGUCGCCGAUUACGGAUAAUGACCCUUUACUAGGACAGUCACCGUGGAGAAGUAAAAUUUCUGGCUCUGACACUGAGACGUUAGGCGGUUUCCCCGUGGAGUUCCUGAUCCAAGUGACCAAAUUAUCAAAAAUCCUCAUGAUUAAAAAGGAACACAUCAAAAAAUUAAGGGAAAUGAACACCGAAGCAGAAAAAUUGAAGUCCUACUCCAUGCCCAUCGGCAUCGAGUUUCAGCGGCGGUACGCGACCAUCGUCCUGGAGCUCGAGCAGCUGAACAAGGACCUCAACAAAGUCUUGCACAAAGUCCAGCAGUACUGCUAUGAGCUCGCGCCGGACCAGGGCCUCCAGCCCGCAGAUCAGCCAACAGACAUGCGGCGAAGGUGCGAGGAGGAAGCCCAGGAGAUCGUGAGGCACGCCAACUCCGCCGCCGGACAGCCCUGUGUCGAAAAUGAAAACCUGACGGACUUGAUCUCCAGGCUGACGGCUAUCUUAUUACAAAUUAAGUGUCUGGCAGAAGGAGGAGACCUGAACUCCUUUGAAUUCAAAUCACUCACAGAUUCACUAAAUGACAUCAAGAGGACAAUAGAUGCUUCUAAUAUCAGCUGCUUCCAGAACAACGUGGAGAUCCACGUCGCGCACAUCCAGAGCGGCCUCAGCCAGAUGGGGAACCUGCACGCCUUCGCCGCCAAUGACACCAACAGGGACUGAGCGGAAGACGUCGCGGCUCCGGCCGCGGGGGACCCGCUUCGGAGUGUUCCCGCCCCCCCCAGCUCCCAACCCCGAGUUACGGGUCCCGGAACGCGGGGGAGGCCGAAGCUCCAAACGAGGCACUUGAGGACACUGGGCCGCCUGGCCCCGCGCCGCUGACCAGCUUCGUGCUUAUUUGCCUCUUACCGUCCGGCUGCGGCAGCAUCGCUUACGGCACCUGCUCGGGGGCGGGUAUCUUUCAGCUGAAAACGUCCGAACGCUUUUUUUAACGCGCAUGAACUCAGCCCGACACACGCAGGCGGCGCCCCCAGCGGAGAGCAAGAGACACGGCCUUGUGGCGGGUGGCCCGUGGCCGUGUGGCAGCGACAGCGGGGAAGUGACGGCCCGGGCUCCCCCAGCCGCGCACCCUUCGGUCGUUGACGGAGCGCGCCCUCGAGGCGCAGAGGCCCGGUCUGCAGGAAGCCGCUGGAACACGGGUGGGAGACGCGGGCUCGACCAGCAGACGUGAUAGACGGAGCGCGACCUGGGCCUGCACGUCAUUGUCUAGUAAUAAAUAUUUUAAUUUAUCAUAAUUUAUAAAAGAAACCUCUGUUGUUUGUCUGUCGAAAGAAAAUGAAGGAGCAGGAAACAAAAGUACUCGCAAAAUGGCUACAUUUCGGCAAGUGGAUUUGAUAGGCCUUUUCCCGCCACGUCAGGGCAAAAAGUGCUGUGAUGAAAUGUAUUUAAGAAGACUGACGACACACUAUUUUCAUAUUUUGUUUAUUUGCACAUCUCGAACCAGAUUACUGGUUAAAAUCCAACCGUACACAAUUUAUAAAGUCAAAAGAUUUUAUAAGGAAAACGAAUAUAAUAACCAGUGCAACGAAAUGCAGGAAAAAAAAGGUUUGUAUUCGGUCGUGGGGUUUUUUUGGUUGUUUUUUGUUGUUUUUAAAGGAAAACCCUGCCUACGAUGUUAAUCUUGUACAAAGUGUGUAUUUGGAAUUUUCUUUGUUUUAAUAUAGACUAUUAUAAAGUCAAAAUAUAAUAAAAUUGUUUUCAGAUUUGGAGUUUAAGGUAUAGCUGUAGAGGUGACUUUGAUUCUUUUAGCUGUCCCAUAAAAUAGGACUUUUUAUAUGUUGAUGUAUAAUAAAACUAAAACCAGAUUAUUUUCCAUUUGAAAGUUUUGUAUAGUUUAAAAAUGCUUCCCUAUUCUUUGUUGGUCUUGUGCCACUGCAAACCUUUAGUGCAGAGUUUAUAUUUAGCUAAACAGUUAUGUUAAUUAAGAAAUGCAUAAAUCCUUUAUUCUUAAUAUUUGUAAUUCUAAAUAAAUUGAUCUAUGAAAAGUA